AUGUAUGCCGCGUGUGCCACAUGUGCCACGUAUGCCGCACACGUGCAGGUGCGGCGGCUGAUGGAGGAAGAAAACGCGAAGCUUCGGCGGAAGGCGAAGCGCGAGUUCAACGAGGCGGUUCGCCAGCUGGCGGCGUUCGUGAAGAAGCGCGACCCGCGCGUGAAGGAGCAGCAGGCGGAGGCGCGGCGCGUGGCGGCGGAGCGCGAGGCGGAGGCGAAGCGGCGGAGGGAGGAGGAGCGGAGAGAGAAGGCGCGGCGCGCGCAGGAGUAUGAAGACCCGGAGUGGGCGCGGGGAGAGGGGGAAGGGGAGGAUGAGGAGGAGGACGAGGAUGAGGAGGGGAAUGGAGUGGAGGGGCGUGGAGAGGGGACCGGGAGGCGGAAGGGGCGGAAGGCGGGGAGGGUGGAGGAGGAGGACGACGAUUGGUUUGAGGAGACUAAGAAAGGGGGGCGGAAGGGGAAGGGGAAAGGAAAGGGAGGAGGGGGGGCAGGGGCAGGGGCAGAUGGAUCCGCAACCGUGGCAAACGGACAGGGCGACGGGCUGGGCAGAGGCGGAGGCAAGAAGAAAAAGAAGAAGGGCAGGCAGGGGGACGCACACACGGGGGGAGGCAGCGCGCAAAAGGGGGUGCGGGGGCAUGGGGCUGGGGAAGGGGAGGCGGAACUAGGUGAGGCAGGGAUGAAUGGGGAGGGUGCGGUGGGGAUGGGUGAGGCGGGGUUGGACGAGGCGUACUGCGUGGUGUGCAGCAAGGCGUUCAGGAGCGCGCAGCAGCUGGCGAACCACGAGCGCAGCAAGAAGCACCUGGCGCGCCUGGCGCAGCUCAGGGCGGAACUGCUGGCGGACGAGCUGGCGGAAGGGGGAGGGGAGGAGGGGGAAGGAGAGGGGGAGGAAGAGGGGGAAGGGGAGGAAGGAGAGGAGGUGGAGGAACUGGAGAUGACAGAGGGGAAGGAGCGAGGUGGGAAUGGGGAUGAGGAGGCGGUUGGUAGGACAGAGAGUGACGAGGAUGAGAGGGAGGCGGGAGAGGUGGAGGAGGAAGAAGGGGAGGGGGUUGAUGGGUUGAGAGGGGUGGAGAAAGAGGAGGCAGGAGAGGAGGAAGAAGAGGAGGAGAAUGAGGAUGAUGAGGAAGAAGAGAGGGAAGAGGAGGAGGAGGAGGAGGAAGAGGAGGAGGUGGCAGGUGAGAUGGAUGAGGAGGAGGAGAUGGCGAUGCUGGCAGCGAUGCUGGCCCGACAGAAGAUGGCUGAAACGAAAAAGAGGAAGGAGAAGGCGAAGAAGAAAGAGGAGCAAGAGGAGGCGGCAGCGGAAGCGGCAGCAGAGAGCGGGUGCAGGGAAGCAUCAGCAGCAGCUGAGACAGAUGCGAGAGAGGUGCAGCAGAGUGACGACAAGGGGACUGUGACUUCUGCUGCGCCUGCUGGUGCACGUGGCUUGCAUGAGGCGGCGGAUGGGGUUGCAGCAGAGAGAGACGGGCAGGGGGCAGCAGCAGGUGGCACCAGCGUGGGUAACAGCAAGGAGGGCGGUGAAGAGGAGGGGAGGGAGAGUGAGGGAGCAACGGGGAGAGGCGGGGAAGAGGAGGCUGAGGAGGAUGGAGUAACAAAGGGGAAGGGGAAGAAGGGGAGGCGGAGAGCAGCAAAGGGUGCAGGGGGGAAGGGUGGAGUUGCAGGGGGGAAUGGGGCGGUGGGGGACUCGAGUGGGCCGAAAGCGAAACUGGGUGGGGGAGGGGAUGUUAGCGGUGGUGCAGAGGACGGCGGGGGAGAGAGAGGGGGGAGGGGCGGGCGGGGCGGCAAGGAGAGAAGAAAGGGGAAGAACGCGGAGCCGGCACUGUCUUGUGGAGUGUGUGGACUCGAGUUCGAUUCCAGGAACCAACUCUUCAAGCACAUAGCAACCAAGGGCCAUGCACAGCUCAAGACGUGA